AUGAGAGUGUCACCAAAUUCUAGAAGAAAGAAAAGAAAGUCUUCUAGCUCUAGCCUUUCAGAUUUGCUGACGCCUUCCAAGAGAUCUAAAAAUCCUAAUAUUUUGGUAACACCAAUGUCUUCUGCUGUUAUGGGGACCGGUUUUACACCUCAUCAGAUUAAUUCAAGAACUUCGGAUAACCUUUCUUUGAUCACUCAGUCCGAUAGUGGAAUCUAUCAAACUCCUCCAUCAUCAACUGUCAAAGAGAGCGGUCCUAAUUAUGCCUCAUGCGCACUCUGUCGUGGGCAUCGAAGGCAGGUACUACGACGCGAAAAGACUUGA